CCCUUCAGGUGCUUGGAAUGUGGGAAGAGCUUCAGGAAGAGCCCCGACCUGCUCCGACACCAGCACAUCCACAGUGGAGAACGUCCCUACAGGUGUGGAGAAUGUGGGAAGAGCUUCAGGACCAACUCCAACCUGAUCCGGCACCGUCGCAUCCACACUGGGGAACGGCCCUAUUCGUGUGACGAAUGUGGGAAGAGCUUCAGGCAGAGCUCCCACCUGAUCCAACACCAGCAAAUCCACACUGGGAAACGGCUCUACAUGUGUGGGGAAUGUGGGAAGAGCUUCAGUAACAGCUCCAACCUUCUCACCCACCAGCACAUCCACAGUGGAGAACAACUCUACAUAUGUGGGGAAUGUGGCCAGAGCUUCAACCAAAACUCCAAGCUGAUCCGACACCAGCUCAUCCACACUGGGGAACGUCCCUACACGUGUGGGGAAUGUGGGAAGAGCUUCAGGGACAGCUCCACCCUCC